ACAAUAAAAAUGAUAUUAUUAUUAUUAUUAAGACAUGUCUGAAAAUCAAGAUUAAUCAAUUUAACCCCCAAAAUAUUCAAUUUCGAUUGUAAACUAGCUUGCAAUGAAUCCGAUUGAGUUCUAACUAUAACCGGCCUCCACGUUGUCAGGCAUAAGAUAGCAAUAAAAGAUUUUGGGGGGAAAAUAAACCUUGAGCUAGGGCUUUUUCAACUCUCUUCUGCGCGGCAAGGAAGUGUGCGGAUAUUUUCCCUCCGGCGCCAUUCACUCAGGCAAUAUGGCGGCGGCGACGGGUAUUCAGAGAGGUGGCGGCGGGCGGCGAACUAUGGUGGAGGACGAUUCGAAGCUCGUCUUCGAGACUUCGAAAGGCGUGGAGCCGAUUUCGAGCUUCGACGAGAUGGAUAUAAAGGACGAUCUCCUCAGAGGAAUCUACAACUACGGCUUCGAAAAGCCUUCCGCCAUUCAGCAGCGCGCGGUCGUACCGAUUAUCUCCGGACGUGACGUCAUAGCUCAGGCGCAGUCUGGCACAGGAAAGACAUCGAUGAUCGCGCUCGCUGUUUGCCAGAUUGUCGAUACCAAGUCCUCAGAAGUUCAAGCGCUGAUAUUAUCACCUACGCGAGAGUUGGCUUCCCAGACAGAGAAAGUAAUAUUGGCAAUUGGUGACUAUAUAAAUGUACAAGCUCAUGCUUGUGUUGGAGGCAAAAGUGUGGGCGAAGAUAUUAGAAAACUAGAGCAUGGAGUUCAAGUGGUGUCAGGCACUCCUGGCAGAGUUUGUGACAUGAUCAAGAGGAGAACCUUACGCACUAGAUCAAUCAAGUUAUUGAUCUUGGACGAGUCUGAUGAAAUGUUGAGCAGAGGGUUUAAGGAUCAGAUUUAUGAUGUAUACAGAUAUCUUCCACCAGAGCUUCAGGUGGUGUUAAUCUCUGCUACCCUUCCAAAUGAAAUAUUGGAGAUCACAAGCAAGUUCAUGACUGACCCAGUUCGUAUCCUUGUAAAGCGCGAUGAAUUGACUCUUGAGGGCAUUAAGCAAUUCUUUGUGGCUGUAGAAAGAGAGGAGUGGAAAUUUGAUACACUAUGUGAUUUAUAUGAUACCCUUACAAUCACCCAGGCUGUUAUCUUCUGUAACACAAAACGGAAGGUGGAUUGGUUAACUGCAAAAAUGCGUGAGAAUAACUUUACUGUCUCAUCUAUGCACGGAGAUAUGCCACAAAAGGAACGUGAUGCAAUUAUGGGAGAGUUUAGGUCUGGCCAGACUCGGGUUCUUAUCACAACAGAUGUGUGGGCACGGGGAUUGGAUGUUCAACAGGUAUCUUUGGUGAUUAAUUAUGAUCUUCCUAACAACCGUGAGCUUUACAUUCACCGCAUUGGGCGAUCUGGCCGUUUUGGAAGAAAGGGUGUUGCCAUAAAUUUCGUCAGAAGUGAUGAUAUCAAAAUCUUAAGAGAUAUCGAACAGUACUAUAGUACACAGAUCGAUGAAAUGCCUAUGAACGUGGCUGAUUUGGUUUAGCUGGCUGCUUCUCGGUGCAAUUCGCUACUAGAAACUUAGGCUCGGCAAAAACUUCGACGUGCGCAAUGCUGGUUUUCGUCUUCUCAUCGUUGUGCAAUUGUAGACGAAUUUAUACCUGGUGCAACUCUAAUUGUUCUAUUUUGUUUCUAUAAUGUCUUUGCUUGUCACAUGUCGUAUAGAUUCUCAACUGGAGUUCCAGUUUAUUGUAAGUAAUGGCUUCACGAAUGUUGCUUCUUUCUUUUAAUGUAUUGCUAUAAUCCAGCCCAUCUCAUAGCAAAA